UUCACCGAUAUUUAAUUUCGCCAGGGAAUAAAAUUGUUUUUAUUCCGUUUCCUUUAAGGUUUUUACCUAUAUAUUAUAUAUAGCGAACUUGUGAAUAUUUAAUGAUAAGUUAGCUAGUUAGAUAAAUCCCAUUUUUUUCGUUUUCCGUGUUGACAUUGUUAACUUUUGAUCUGGAACCAUGAAGACACGUUUCAAUACUUUUGAUAUAAUCUGCGGAGUGGCCGAACUGCAAAAGCUGGUCGGCUGGCGAGUGAAUCAGAUCUAUGACGUCGACAACAAGACCUAUCUCUUUCGGAUGCAGGGAACCGGUGCGGUGGAGAAGGUCACCCUGCUGAUGGAAUCCGGCACUCGAUUCCACACCACCCGCUUCGAAUGGCCCAAGAAUAUGGCACCAUCCGGGUUCAGCAUGAAGCUGAGGAAGCAUCUGAAGAACAAGCGCCUGGAGAAGAUCCAACAACUGGGCGGCGAUCGUAUUGUGGACUUUCAGUUUGGCACCGGCGAUGCUGCUUAUCAUGUCAUCUUGGAGCUCUACGAUCGCGGUAAUGUGAUCCUGACCGAUUAUGAAUUGACUACGUUAUAUAUCCUGCGUCCCCACACGGAGGGCGAGAAUCUGCGCUUCGCCAUGCGCGAGAAAUAUCCCGUGGAACGGGCCAAAAAGGCCACGGACGAACUGCAGCCGGAUGCGCUGGAUAAACUGCUGGAAAAUGCCAGGAAUGGCGAUUACUUGCGACAGAUCCUGACGCCCAAUCUGGACUGCGGUCCGGCGGUUAUAGAGCAUAUCCUUCUAUCCCACGGCUUGGAUAAUCUCGUGAUAAAGAAAGAAGGAGCCGAGGAAAAUCCCGAAGCGGAGGAAAAGCCCGAUAAAGGUGGCAAAAAGCAGCGUAAGAAGCAGCAGAAUGCCAAACUGGAUCAGAAGCCAUUCGAUAUGGUUAAUGACCUGCCCACUCUUAGAAAAGCUGUCAAGUGCGCUCAUGAUCUUAUUCUCGAGGGAAACAGUGGCAAAACCAAAGGCUACAUUAUCCAGGUGAAAGAGGAGAAACCCGCGGAGAGCGGAAAAGUGGAAUUUUUCUUCAGAAACAUCGAAUUUCAUCCCUACCCCUUUGCUCAAUUUCAAAACUUUGAAAAGGCCACAUUUGAGUCUUUUAUGGAAGCUGCCGAUGAAUUUUACUCAACGCAAGAAUCACAGAAAAUUGACAUGAAAACGCUGCAUCAGGAGCGUGAGGCAUUGAAGAAGCUGUCCAAUGUUAAAAACGAUCACGCCAAGCGUCUAGAGGAGUUAACCAAAGUCCAGGAUGUGGACAGAAAGAAGGCAGAGCUCAUAACGUCCAAUCAAAGUCUGGUGGAUAAUGCAAUUCGGGCCGUUCAGUCGGCUGUCGCCAGUCAAUUGUCCUGGCCGGAUAUCCAUGAGCUGGUCAAGGAGGCCCAGGCAAACGGCGAUCCUGUAGCCAGUUGCAUAAAGCAGCUUAAGCUGGAAACUAAUCAUAUAUCGCUUGCACUCAGCGAUCCCUAUGAUAACUAUGAAGACGAGGAACUUAAGACGCCGGAGGUUACCGUUGUGGAUGUCGAUUUAGCUCUAUCCGCUUGGGCCAACGCCCGUCGCUAUUACGACAUGAAACGUUCGGCUGCUCAGAAGGAAAAGAAAACGGUGGAUGCUUCCCAAAAGGCGCUUAAAUCUGCGGAGCGCAAAACACAGCAAACGCUCAAGGAAGUUAGAACUAUUUCUAAUAUAGUAAAGGCACGGAAAGUCUUCUGGUUUGAAAAGUUUUACUGGUUUAUAAGCUCUGAGAAUUACUUGGUUAUCGGAGGAAGAGAUGCGCAGCAAAACGAGCUUAUCGUUAAAAGAUACAUGCGUCCGAAAGACAUUUAUGUGCAUGCCGAGAUUCAAGGUGCCUCGAGUGUAAUUAUACAGAAUCCCACUGGCGAAGAAAUACCUCCAAAAACGCUGCUGGAAGCUGGAUCUAUGGCUAUAUCAUACAGUGUUGCCUGGGAUGCGAAGGUGGUGACGAAUUCCUAUUGGGUGAACAGCGAUCAAGUCAGUAAAACCGCACCAACUGGAGAGUAUUUGGCAACUGGUAGUUUUAUGAUCAGAGGAAAGAAGAACUUCCUACCUUCCUGCCACUUGACCAUGGGUCUAAGUUUACUUUUCAAGUUGGAGGACAGUUUUAUAGAAGCCCAUUUGGGAGAACGUAAAGUGAGGACCUUAGACGACGAUCAGAUAGAUCAAAAUGUCAAAGAAACCGAAGUUGAACACGAUCUUUUGUCCGAAGGAGAAGAUAAUGAACAGGACCCUACUGCAAAUGCAACGGAACCAAGUUCCAAUACCGAGAUCACUGCUUUUCCCAAUACGGAAGUUAAAAUUGAACACGAUACUGGUCGCAUAACAGUCAGAUCCAACUCCUUAAAUCCAGAGAACGAGCCGACUGAAGAGACAGAAGAAAAAGUUGUCGAAAAACUUCCCAGUAAACCAGUAGAUGAGGAAACGACCAUUAUUUUGGCUGGUCCAAGUCGGAAAAAGCAAGUUAGUGCCAAGAAGACCAAGGAAGACAAGGCACGAGCAAAGGAAGCUGCCAAGCAGGAAGUCGCUCCUGCAACCACUGAGCCCAAAAAUCCAUCGCAGGUCAAGAGAGGUCAGAAGGGAAAGCUGAAGAAAAUGAAACAGAAAUACAAGGAUCAAGAUGAUGAGGAGCGUGAGAUUCGUAUGAUGAUUCUGAAAUCUUCCGGCAAGGAGAAGCCCCAGGCAACUGCCGACAAAGUGGUGGAGAAGAGUGUGGCCAUAAAAGAGUUUGUAAAGCAAGAAAAAAGUGCAGCUCCCAAAAACCCCGUGGAAUUGGAUGAUGCCGAUGAUGUGCCCGCCGCUGGGGAUGUGGAUAUACUUAACAGUCUGACUGGACAACCCCACGAGGGAGAUGAGUUGCUCUUCGCAAUUCCAGUAGUGGCUCCCUAUCAGGCUUUGCAAAAUUACAAAUUCAAAGUAAAGCUCACCCCAGGAACGGGUAAAAGAGGAAAGGCUGCGAAACUAGCUCUCAACAUCUUUGCCAAGGAAAAAGGCUGCAAUACUCGUGAGAAGGACUUACUGAAAAGUAUAAAGGAAGAGUCGAUGGCAAGAAAUAUUCCAGGAAAGGUCAAGUUAUCAGCCCCGCAACUGCAAAAGUAUCACAAAUAAAUAAAUAAAUGAAAUGUAUACAAAAUGUUGAGCCAUAAUUAUAAGAAGUGUUUUAAAUGCUUUUAAAAGAAAUGCAAGUUGAUUAAAUAAAAGAGAAUGUAUACAGA